AUGCUGCAGACCAAGCGAGAGAUGAGGGCUGAAACGGGAGGUGGAGGUGGAGAGGACAAGGCAGGAAUGGGAUACCAGGACCUGUUGACCGAUGAAGGAACAGUCCUGAAGCACCUGGCACGCAUUGAGGGUGGGGCAGGGGGCUCCUGGCCGUGGGGGCGGGGUCCCCACUGCUGUGGCCGCCUGCAGCUCCCGGGGGGGCCCCCUCGCGCUGUGGGGGCGGGGAGGGCAGGCCCCGCCUCUCACACCCUCCCCCUUCCCGUGUCUCUCCCCCCCUCCCCCCUCCGUGUCUCCCUGCAGAAAGCGGGCGGCGGCCUGCGCCAGUGGAAGCGGGUCUACGCCGCGCUGCGGGCGCGCUCCCUCUUGCUGAGCAAGGAGCGGCGGGAGCCCGGGCCGGCGGCGGCGGCGGGGGCGGCGGCGGCCGUCGCAGGUGAGGACGAGGCGGCGCCCGUCUGCAUCGGCUCCUGCCUGGUGGACAUCUCCUACAGCGAGACCAAGAGGAGGCACGUGUUCCGGCUGACCACCGCUGACUUCUGUGAAUAUCUCUUUCAGGCUGAGGACCGGGAUGACAUGCUGGGCUGGAUCAGAGCGAUCCGAGAGAACAGCAGGGCCGAGGGCGAGGACCCCGGCUGUGCCAACCAAGCUCUGAUCAGCAAGAAGCUUAAUGAUUAUCGCAAAGUAAGCCAUAGCUCUGGGCCCAAAGCUGACUCCUCCCCCAAAGUCUCUCGUGGCCUGGGGGGCCUCAAGUCUGAGUUCCUCAAACAGAGUACCGCACGUGGCUUCAGGACUCAGGACCAGUCCGCAGGGAGCAAGGAUGACAGUGCUACCACUCCCAAAACCCCAUGGGGCAUCAACAUCAUCAAGAAGAACAAGAAGGCAGCUCCUAGGGCGUUUGGGGUCCGUCUGGAGGAGUGCCAACCAGCCAUAGAGAACCAGCGGGUCCCCUUGAUCGUGGCUGCGUGCUGUCGCAUCGUGGAGGCACGGGGUCUGGAGUCCACGGGCAUUUACCGAGUGCCUGGUAACAAUGCAGUGGUGUCCAGCCUACAGGAGCAGCUCAACCGUGGUCCCGGGGACAUCAACCUACAGGAUGAGCGCUGGCAGGACCUCAAUGUGAUCAGCAGCCUGCUCAAGUCCUUCUUCCGAAAACUGCCUGAGCCUCUUUUCACCGACGACAAAUACAACGACUUCAUCGAGGCCAAUCGCAUCGAAGACUCGAGAGAGCGGAUGAAGACGCUCCGGAAGCUGAUCCGGGAUCUCCCAGGACACUACUAUGAGACUCUCAAAUUCCUCGUGGGCCAUCUGAAGACCAUUGCUGACCACUCGGAGAAAAACAAGAUGGAGCCCAGGAACCUGGCCCUGGUCUUCGGGCCGACGCUGGUGAGGACGUCUGAGGACAACAUGGCGGACAUGGUGACCCACAUGCCUGAUCGCUAUAAGAUCGUGGAGACGCUGAUCCAGCACUCAGACUGGUUCUUCAGCGAUGACGAGGACAAGGGAGAGAGAACUCCUGUGGAUGACAAGGAGCCUCAGUCAGUGCCCAACAUUGAGUACCUCCUGCCUAACAUUGGCAGGACAGUGCCCCCUGGUGACCCAGGUUCAGAUUCUACCACCUGCAGUCCAGCCAAGUCCAAGGGCUCGUGGGCCCCCAAGAAGGAGCCGUACGCCCGGGAGAUGCUGGCGAUCUCCUUCAUCUCGGCGGUCAACCGCAAGCGGAAGAAGCGGCGGGAGGCGCGGGGACUGGGCAGCAGCACCGACGACGACUCGGAGCAGGAGGCGCACAAGCCCGAGGCGGGGGCGCCGGCGCCGGGGGCGCGGGACCAGCCGGAGGGGCCGCUGCCGGGCGCAGCCGCCUCCGAGGCCCCGGGGCGCCUCAGCCCCCCGGCGGCGCCGGACGAGCGACCGGCCGCGGACACGCGCUCCAUCGUCUCGGGCUACUCCACCCUGUCCACCAUGGACCGCAGCGUGUGCUCGGGCGCCGGGGGCCGGCGGCCGGGCGCGGGGGACGAGGCGGACGACGAGCGCAGCGAGCUGAGCCACGUGGAGACGGACACGGAGGCCGGCGCGGGGCCCGGGGGGCGCCCGGCGCGCCGGCCCUCCUUCAGCUCGCACCGCCUCAUGCCCUGCGACACCCUGGCGCGCCGCCGCCUGUCCCGCAGCCGCCCGGACGGCGAGGGCGCGGGCGCGGGGCGGGGCGGCCCCCGGGCCGCCGAGCCGCCGGGCUCGGCCUCGUCCAGCAGCCAGGAGUCGCUGCGCCCCCCGGCGGCCGCGGCGGUGGCGGCGCUGGGCUCGCGGCCGUCGCGCAUCGAGGCUCUGCGGCUGCGCCUCCGCGGCACCGCCGACGAUAUGCUCGCCGUGCGGCUGCGGCGGCCGCUGUCGCCGGAGACGCGGCGGCGCCGGAGCAGCUGGCGGCGCCACACGGUGGUGGUGCAGAGCCCGCUGACCGACCUCAACUUCAACGAGUGGAAGGAGCUCGGCGGGGGCGGCGCCCCGGAGCCCGCGGGCCCUCGGGCGCACAGCGACAACAAGGACUCGGGCCUCAGCAGCCUGGAGUCCACCAAGGCCCGGGCGCCGUCGUCCGCGGCCUCGCUGCCGCCCGGGGACCCGGGGGCCCUGCAGAGCCAGCCCCCGCGCCGCUCGGCCGCCUCCCGCCUCCAUCAGUGUCUGUGACCAGCCCCCCGCCCCGCGCCGGUCCCUCUACCCCAGUCUUCUCUGGCUUGCCCCCCCUCUCUUGUCCCCGGUGCAUCUGGCGCUGCAGGCCGCGUCUCUAGUUUGUGUGCGGGAUCGGUAGGGGGCGGGCAGACGAGAAGGCCCCGGCUGGGACAGGGAGUGGGAGCGGGAGCGGGAGCGGGAGCGGGAGGGAGGGGGACACCCCGGAGGUAAGAGGAGUGGGGAGAGGAGAGGGGACAGGCUGCUGGAGCUCUGUGACAGAGUGGGCCCUCUGGGCCCUUCUGUGUCUGCACUUAGAGACCCUUGUUGGCCAUGGGGUGUGGAUAGGGAACCACCCCCCUCCCGAGUCUCAGUCCCGGACUAAAGGAAAGACCCGGGGUGAUGCUGGUUCUUCGCUUCUUUCCUCCGUGCCUCUCCAUUAGCUCUUGGCUCCUAGCUAAGGUGGGGAGGUGAUGUAGGGUCAUCGUGUCCAUGGGCGGAGGGGGUAUGUGUGCGAGUGUGCUAGUCACUGUCAGAAGGUGUUUCCAGUAGCAACUUCUGCCUCUCCUGCCCCUUGUUGCCCAACCCCACCACAUACAGCAGCCCCCCACCCCCACCCCUCCCGCCUUCGGUGCAUCCAGGGAUCCUGCCCCUGCCGCUUGUCAGAGCCAGAGAAGGAAGUUAGGGCCACUCCACAGAGGCGGAACUGAGACUCCUACCAGGGUUGUUCCCCUCACCAACUUUUUGCCAACCUCUAAACCACCCUCACUAAGCGUGUUGACCAUGGGAGCUGGCUGCCGAUUCCCCAGUUUUGGGAGGGUCCAGGGUACCCCCUGCUAGAUCUCCCUUGUCCCUCUCUUUGUUCUUCCAGCUGUGCCUGCUGCUUCCACAAUUCAGGCACACAGACCCCCACCUUCUAUUUAGGAGGGGGUGUAGUGAACAUCCCUGGUGUCUCUCUUUCUCUCUCUCUCUCUUUCUCUCUCUCUCACUCACUCAUACACAAACACACACACACACACACACACACACACUGAUUUAUGGGGUCUGAGCUGGGCUGUUCCUUCAGGAUGGGCGGGACCCAGCCCCCUCUUCUCCCCACACGUUGUAAAUAGACCUCAGACCACCAGGCCUCCCCACACACGCCCUCACUUACCCCAGGGAAGCCCAGGUGGGGUUGUGAACCUCACUGCCACGUCUAUCAGUCUUCUUGUUUUAUGCAAAGAUUUGCUGUAAAGUAGAUUUCUCUUUCCCCCCUCCCCCACCCUUUUACUGUAAAUAUUGUCUCUAAAUGUGUAACAUAUUAUAAAGAAUUUAUAAGGAUUUUUAAAGAUGUUUUGCUCAUUUAAAAAAGUGUUGUAACAGUGUUGGAAAAGCCUCUGGCCCCACGUGCGCAUGUCUCCUUUCACUGUGUCCUUGACACACCUCUCUAGGCGACAACUAAGAUUUCCUGCUUCUGAAAAGUCCUGUCUUAAAAGUAUAGUCUAUAUCUUGGAAAUAAAUGGCCUUCCUCGA